UAUUCAGCGAAAAACUGGAGAAUGCACGAAAAAACACAUUCACAGCUAGUUUAAGUUUAAACGAUGAGGAGUUUGUUUACAAUGUUGGUUGUGAUAUUGAGCAUUUUUUAAAGAAACGACUGAGCAAUGGUGUGUUGCUCUUUCCACCUGUAAGCAAUUAUCGCCGUUAUCUCAUACACCAAACAUGUGAGAACUAUCGCCAGCAUUACGAUCUCUUCACAUUCUCAGUGGGGCAGGGCGCUCAACGACGCACGGUGCUCUGCUUUCGGAAUCAAUUAGUGGAUCCGCAAGGCUUUGAAGCGCGCAGGCAACAGCAGCAGCCCACGCCAGUUAAAAAUUGGCGCAGUAACGGGCAGAGUGGUCAUCUAAAUAACGGUAGCAGUGGCAGAAGCAGCAGUGGAAGCCGCAAACGCGAACAGGAGCUUUGCAAAAUGGGAGUAAAAAAGCAUAUCAGCGAAGCGCGCUUGAGCAAAUCAAACUCUGUCGAUCUCUAUCGACCGCCAGCGCUCAGAAAUAACAGUAACGAAGAUGCGACGGCGACGGCAACUGCGGCAACAACAGCUACAACAAUAACAGCUACCUCAGCGCCGGCAGCAGCAGAAACAACAAGCGCCGACGCUGUCAAAGCACUGGACAGUGAGCCCAAACAGCAGCAGCAACAGCAACCGUCUCCGCCACAGCAGCAACAGCAACAGGUUAAUGCAGGGCGUCGAGAGCGUCGUCCGGAUCGGGCUGUUUAUGUGCCAAGGGCACGACGCAGUCAAACAACGCCACCGACAACAACAACAACUGCAACAUCAGCAGCGACGCCAGCUGCAGCAGCGACUGCGACUGCGACAACCUUGUCUACGUGCAAUCCACAAACGUUGGAAGCAACACCGCCAACAGUUGCAGAAACGCACUCGUCCAAGUCGGACGAUACAAACGGCCAACUUCAACAGCAACAACAAGCCAAGCCCAAGAAGACAAGGUCGCAUCGAGAGCGCAGGGAACGUGAACGCAGCAAGAAAACUCAUUUACAGGAAAAACCCACGGAUGCCACGAUACUUGUAAUAUCAAGCAGCGAGUCAGCACCCAAAGCGACUGAAAUUAACGUAACGCCGACGAACAGCAACAGCAGUAUUUGUGAUACGGGUUCGACCAUCAUGAGUUGCGCUAAUGGAACAAAAUCUGGUAAUGGCAGCAAGUCCAAAAGCAAAACGUCACCACCGCCGCUUCGCAUCGAAGAUGUGGGCGCAGUAAGCAAUUCAAAAUCAGCUGAGGAUGCCACCAACAAAUGUGAUAAUGAUGUGCGCGAGCUACAGCGUGCCUCAAAGGAAAUCAAUCGCAGCAAUCGACGCAUCAUGAAACAAACCUUUGUAUCGGAUGUACUGGAGAUACCCGAGAAGAAAAACAAUAACAACAACAACGCUGUUGUUGAGCCGCAGAACUAUCAAACAUUAUUUAGUCAGGCAAAUACCCAUAAUAAUACUAGAACACCAUUUGCCCAACCACCGGUGGAUAGCACCACCGAAGGCGAGGAAGACGAUGACGAGGAGGAGGACGAAGACGACUGGGAGAACAUGUACGAUGAAAGCGGUGAUUGUUUGGAUCCAAAGAUCCUGCAAGAACUUACCGAUACCGUCGGCAAAUGCAAAAUAGAACUCCCCAAAAUGGACUAUAGCACCUUCCACAUAAAGCAGUCGCUGCUCAAUGAGGAGGAGUACCCACAUGUGCUGGAAGUAUCAAAUUUUCCUGUUGAAUUCAAAACACCCGACUUGCUCAUGCUCUUCUCGCAGUACAAGGGCACUGGUUUCGAUAUUAAAUGGGUGGAUGAUACUCAUGCAUUGGCUGUGUUUAGCAGUUCCCGAAUUGCUGCUGAGGUUCUGACCAUGGGUCAUCCUUUUGUCAAAUUAAAGCCCCUUGCCGAGGCCACUCUGGAAUCACGUCUGAAGGCCAAAAAGUGUGCCGGUUCUCUUGAACCCUACCGCCAACGACCAGCGACUUGCACAGCCCUGGCUCGACGACUGGUGUCGGGCGCCUUAGGCGUAAAGCUACCAACUGCACCUCAAGAGCGGGAAAACGAACGGCGUGUAUUGCGUGAAGCCAAAGAACGUAAACUUUUAGCUGCCAAACAACGCGACGAGGCCUGGGAAAGCUAGAGAGGAUGCAUGAUGAUUAAUGAUGCAUUUUGCCGGCAUUUUGCGCAACGCCACAUGCAACACCCACAAUAUUUUCUCAAUCAAAGCUAGUAACUAGAAAUCAGAAAUCAGAACUUAGUAUAUGCUUAUUCAUGUACUUUUAAGUGUUUGCUUUUCGUGCAAUUCAUACAAAUUUUGCUCAAUUUGUUAUAAGUAUAAGGUAUAUGCAUUACGUUAUAAGAGAGAAAGUAUCUAUAUAUUUAUUUGUCUUAGUAUGUAACUACACACUAUAUAUAUACAUUUAAGCCCAUGCAUACACAUACAACAAAAGAAGCAACACACACACACUCAUAAGUAUGUAUGGCGUACAAAAGUGCUGUUUGAACUCUAGGCGUAAAUUGUAAUUUUUAAGCGCAAUCAAGAUUUUUAAAUAUACAUACAUAUAUAUUUUAAUAAAGUUUACAGCGCGUAAGCACCCAA